AUGAAAUUUUCCGAUUUUUUCAUCGCGACAGGGUCGCUGAUUGUUAGCACUCGCUGUAUCAGAAGUCAAUAUCAAGAAUGCUUCGAUAUAUCGAGCCUUUCUCUCCUCCUCAAAAACGACACAAUACCCGAGAUUCCAUCCUCCAGCCUCGGCCCAACAUCAGAGCUUACAACUGCCAUUUUUGUCUGCACAUCAAUUGGACUGAUAGCAUGGAUUCACGAUAUUGGGAAACAUGAGAAACUGCACUCUCCAAUGGUCAUUCUUGCCUUCGGUUCAUCGGUUUUUCUCUGGAUCGAGUUUGCGGCUCCGGUGGAGAUUUAUCUUUUUGUUAUAUUCCCCUGGAUCUUGUUAGUGGGGCUAUUGAUUAGCAGAAUACAUGAUGCGGUUUGGAGGAAGAAAGGCUUGCCGGCAUCGGAAGAGAAAAGGGGCAGUGGUUGUAUGUUUGAUUACCUAGUAUACUGA